AUGGAUUGCAUGGAGGAUGAGGUGAAGGCGUCCGAGCAGAUCCAUGAUGGAGUGCAGGGCCAGGCGGGCUGCCUUCGUCCUGCAUAUGGCAUAUGCACUGUGUCCGCCCUGCUUCUUGAAUCUACAGUAGACGUCGCAGCAUGUAGAAGCAAUCAGGCCGCCCCCGCUACGCCAAAACUGCAUUGGCUGUGGAGCCCUGAAUCGCUGCCGAGCCAUCAGGAGACCUACGAGGAUGGAUCCUCCUAUGAGGGCCAGCUGUCGGACGGCAGGCAAGGGUGCACAAUUGUGCCAGGAUGUGCCACUAGGCCCAUGCCGUCUACAUCUGUCUACAAGUCUGCAAGGUUCAGGGAUAGGGCGGGCGGAUAG